UUAUAGCGACACGUGGGGUGCAGAAGCAGGUACAUAAAGUGUUUGUAUGAAUGGAUGAAUCACAAGGACAGUCCAAUGUUUGAUCAGGGGCGGGGCUUAGUGUACAAUGAACUCAACCUGCUUGACUUGACACCAUAAAAGAGUGCCAGAGUUGAACUUUUAGCAGAGAAGAAGCACCGCAGAGUAGAAACAGACAGCUGACAUCAUGGCGUCUAUUCGUCGACAAAUCCCCUACACGCCAAAAGCCCCUGUCAGACAGGGAAUAUACAGCCAGUCAGUAGUUGUGGACAGAACAAUGUACAUCUCGGGUCAGCUGGGAAUGGAUGUGGCCUCUGGUCAGCUGGUAGAUGGAGGGGUGCAGGCCCAGGCCAAACAGGCUCUCGUCAAUAUGGGGGAGAUUCUUAAAGCUGCUGGCUGUGACUACACUAAUGUGGUGAAGACGACUGUGCUGCUCGCUGAUAUCAACGACUUUAACAGCGUCAAUGAGGUCUACAAAACAUUUUUCAGCAGUAACUUCCCUGCCAGAGCUGCCUACCAAGUCGCUGCUCUCCCCAGAGGUGGUCUGGUGGAAAUUGAGGCGGUUGCUGUUCUCGGUCCUCUGUCAGAUUCAUGACUAGACAGCCACAUCCCAAACAAGCUGUAGUCUAACCAUCAAGUGACCUUUUAUAGUGGUGGAAUAGUGGGAGCCUUAGAGUAUUUCCAGAUGACACAUGAAAGACCAAACUAGGAUCUUGUUGACUUUCUUUUUCCAUAUUUUAAGGUUUUAGCAUACAUUGGUUUCUCCUCUGGCCACUGUAGCUGGUUGACUACACUUCUGAAUUACUUUCAGUAUUCUACCACUUUAGAUUAAAACCCUGAACAAUAGAGCAGCACUUAAUUAACCAUCAUAGAACAAAAUGUAAUGAUAAAGUGGGAUUGUAUCUGCACAACUCAUCCCUGGUCACAGUGGCCAGAUUCAGCUUCGUCUUGGUGCUGCUUAUAGUUUGGUGUUUCAUCUUCUGUUCGGUUCCAGAGAAAUACUUUAACAUAUUUUAAAAGCUCAGCUCUCACUAAUAAAAACACAUGUAGCACCAUC